GUCCAACACGAUUUCAUCCACUUGGGUGAAAAAGUGGACAAAGGUGUGGGGCCAAUACAGAUUGAGAAAGAUCGUCGAUACAGCGGAUGCCAUCUCCGAGAUUUGGGAGUGGGAUCCAGCUUUGGCGAAGACCACCACCGUGACCGACGAGAAGGAGGAGAACAACAAGAAGGAGGAGAAAAGCUCGGAGGAGCCGAAGAACGACGAG